AUGGUUUCGAAAACCACGCGAGUUGCUACUGCAGUAGCAAGAAAGGCAGCUGCACGCAUGUGUGCAGCCGGAGAGAGUACCUCUCACACCUCAGCAGCAGGUGAUUCGUCGCCUGCUGCUAUGAACAGUCCACGUGGUGAGUCAUCACGUGCGACAGGUACACUCGCUGCGUCUGCAGCGGGUACCGCGAAUCGUAAUCUAGAUGAUCCUUUGAUAGAGCUCAUCUAUUCUGGCGAGUCAGGUGAUGUAUCCGACUCGAAGGCGACACCUCACGCUUCUGGAUCACCGGGGCGGACGCUGCAAGAGCCAGGUUGA